GAAGCAUGUUGAGAGUGACACCGAUACCGAAGUUGAAGACGGUUAUAUUGCAGUGGUGGCAUUAUAUGAGGUUACAUAAGCUGGAAAUAUAGGUGUCUAUAUCUAAACUUUCUAUUGCGAUUCUGUUUGUUCCUUCGCUGGUGUAGGUUCUUUCGCCCAAUACAACGUUGCCGUCGGUACGGAGAUGGGCCCAAUUACUGUAAUUUUGAACGGCGUCAUCAACUCCAGCAUUCAAGUAAAAAAAACAUGGCCCAAUUUAUUGGUCGCAAUUGGCAGAUCAACAUAUGACACUGAAGUUGAUAUUGAUUUAAGAAUAGAAAGUCAUGCUAACAUGAUACUGUUUGAUUUAGGGAUGCACCAGGACAACUCUGUUGUUUUUGUUUCUCUCGAGAAUUUGGGAAGUGAUUUAAAUUUCAACAAUGACACUUUUAGAAGCUUAUAUGUGCCAAAAUGGUGGUAUGUUAAUGUCCAAACAAGAUCAAUGAUAGUUAACAAUAUGGUCAUUCAUAAAGCAAUGCAUGUCAUGGGUAACCAGCAUAAAGCGGGUCAUAUUUCUAACAUGGGUGGUGCUGGCUCUGGUGGAUAA